AUGCCAGGCAUCCGGCACGGCAGCCCCAGCACCUGCCCUGCGCCCAGCUGGCAUCCGCAGUCCGGAGAGCCGGGCCCUGCCAAGCGCCGCCGAAUGGACGUGCCCGCCGCGGGCCCCGAGCCGCUGCCGCAGCCCGGGCUAAACGACCCCGCCCUGGCCGCUGCCGGUGUGGAUGCACAUGGCUUGGCGCCCAGCUCGCUGAGCUCUGUGGUUGUGCUGCCCGCCGGCUCGGCCCUGUGGCUGCAACACCCCGAGCUCGGCGUCGACCUGCUGCUGGAGCCCCCGCCCAUGGCCGUCGUCACAGUGUCGCUGCUGGGAUGCACGCUGCUCCUGGUGCCCCAGGGCCUCCUGGACGCCGCCGCCUCGCACUCCGGAGCCCAGGGACAGGCUCCCGGUGGCCUGCAGCUGGACGCCUUGCUGGUCGCGGUGGAACAGCUGGUCGUCGCGGGCCAGCAGCAAUGGGCAUGCGCCUCCGUGCCCGACGGCGCAGGCCAGGAAGAUGCCUUGCAAGAAGCCGCCCCAGCCCCAGCCCCAGCCACCUCCGCUUCCGCCGCCUCUGAGCUCCUGGCUCCCAGUCCUUGGGCCGCAGCUCCCAGAUCUGCCUUCGACCUCGACUACCAACUGCUGCACCCCCUCUCACCCAGCUCCUCGCUCCGGCCUCUGCCUCCCUCUCCCAGUCCAGAUCCCCAGGAGCGCCCCGAGAACCCGCAGCGCCCUCGCCGCCCCGCCUGCAAGGCCCGAAGACGCCUGCUCUUCCAGUGA